AUGAGUGUUUCAAUAGCAAACGAAAAAGAUGAUCCACCGUACAACAACGGCAAGAAAGAAACCUACUUCAUUAAUUCAGAAACUCUCCAUGAACCAGUCCAAUCCUCACUAACGCCCACAACAACUGCCUCCAUCGACUCCAACGAUGCCACCAUCGAUCAUUCCAAAUCCGUUUCCAGAUGGACUCGUAUCAAGGAUUCAUUCAAAAGGGCAGAAAAGGAAGAAGUGGACCCAAACUUAACAGAAGCUGAAAGAAUUGCAAUCAACACAGCAAAAGCCCCACUAAAACACACCUUAAAGGGACGUCACAUGCAAAUGGUAGCCAUCGGUGGUGCCAUUGGGUCCGGUCUAUUCGUUGGUUCCUCCACUGCUUUACGGACAGCUGGUCCGGCUGGGAUAGUCAUCGGAUGGGGGUUAACUAGUACUAUGAUAUAUUGUAUGGUAAUGGCUUUGGGUGAAUUAGCUGUCGUGUUCCCAGUUUCAGGUGGGUUUACUACCUAUGCUACAAGAUUUAUUGAUGAGUCAUUUGGGUUCGCUAGUAAUUUCAAUUAUGCCUUGCAAUGGUUGGCUACGUUGCCAUUGGAAAUCGUUUCCGCUUCCAUUACUGUUAAUUACUGGCAAACUCCAGAGAGAUAUAGAGAUGGGUUUGUUGCGCUGUUUUGGCUUGUUAUCGUUAUUAUUAAUUUGUUUGGAGUUAGAGGUUUCGGUGAAGCCGAAUUCGUGUUUUCGACUAUUAAGGUCUUGACCGUUAUUGGAUUCAUUAUCUUGGGUAUUGUUCUCGUAGCCGGUGGUGGUCCAGAAGGUGGAUUCGUUGGAGGUAGAUAUUGGCAUAACCCUGGAGCAUUCGUUGGUGAUAAUGCUGGCACACAGUUUAAAGGUGUUUGUUCAGUUUUCGUUACUGCUGCUUUCUCAUUUGCUGGUAGUGAACUGGUUGGUAUUACUGCUGCAGAAGCUGCCAAUCCUCGUAAGAGUGUACCAAGAGCUGCCAAACAAGUCGUAUGGAGAAUUGUCUUAUUUUACAUGGGCUCAUUAAUUAUGAUUGGUCUUUUAGUUCCUUACACAGAUCCAAGAUUGAUCGGUGCUUCUUCAGUAGAUGCAUCAGCAUCUCCAUUUGUCAUCGCGAUCGUUACUCAUGGUAUAAGGGGUUUACCAAGUGUCAUUAAUGUUGUUAUAUUAAUAGCCGUCUUAUCAGUUGGGAAUUCCGCAAUUUUUGCCGGUUCAAGAACCAUUGCUGCUUUAUCUGAACAAGGGUUCUUACCAGAAAUAUUUGGAUACAUUGACCGCAAAGGUAGACCACUUGUUGGAAUUAUAGUUAUAUCAACUUUUGGUCUAAUUGCCUUCAUUGCAGCAUCUAAAAAGCAAGGUGAAGUGUUUGCUUGGUUGAUGGCGCUAUCUGGGUUAUCAUCAUUGUUCACAUGGGGUGGUAUUUGUCUUUGUCACAUCCGUUUCAGAAUGGCCUUGAAAGCUCAAGGUAGAUCUACAAAUGAAUUACCAUUUGUAUCGCCUGCUGGUAUUAUAGGUUCAUCAUGGGGGUUAUUUAUGCUAUUAUUAAUGUUCAUUGCUCAAUUCUAUGUUGCUUUGUUUCCACCUGGUUCAAAACCCAGCGCUGAGGUUUUUUUCGAAUCUUAUUUAUCAUUCCCAAUUGUUUUAGCCUUCUAUUUCGGCCAUAAAAUUUACAAGAAAAACUGGAAAUUAUUUAUUAAAGCAGAAGAUAUGGAUAUUGAUACAGGUAGAAGAGAAACUGAUUUGGAACUAUUAAAACAAGAAAUUGAAGAAGAAAAAGCAAUCUUGGCAACGAAAGGUUGGUGGUACAGACAAUAUCAAUUCUGGUGUUGA